UUUCUGAAUGAAAGAAGCAAGAACAAGUUGGAAACACACAAGACCCACCCACCUCGCCACAACAAUAACAAGACUUUCUUCUUUUCUUUUCUUUUCUGUUCUGUCUCAUAAAUAACCGUCAUCAACCUCUCUCUCUCUCUCUCUCUCUCUCUCUCUCUCUCUCUCUCUCUUCAUUUUCUUCUUAUUUUCACCUCAAAUCAAAUAUACAUGAAUAAUUGAUACGUCUUGUUGAAACUUUGCUGCAACCUCGAUCCUUUGAAUCUAUGGAACAGCUUGUCAACUUCAUCAUUCGUCCACCAAGAGCUGAAUAUGACCCCAAUAGCGAUUUAUUAGAUAAAGAGUUCUUGCUGAGAGGGAAGUGGUAUCAACGGAAGGAUGUAGAGUUAAAAAACAGUCGGGGUGAUGCUCUUCAAUGCAGUCAUUACAUUCCUAUUGGCAGUGCUGAAGGAAAGCCUCUUCCUUGUGUAAUAUAUUGUCAUGGAAACAGUGGAUGUAGGGCUGAUGCCAGUGAAGCUGCUAUAAUUUUACUUCCUUCAAAUAUUACAGUUUUCACUCUGGAUUUCUCGGGAUCUGGACUUUCUGGAGGGGAGCAUGUCACUCUAGGCUGGAAUGAAAAGGAUGAUCUGACUGCUGUGGUCAACUAUCUGAGGAAUGAUGGAAAUGUCUCUUUAAUUGGCUUGUGGGGCCGCUCAAUGGGAGCCGUAACUUGCCUGAUGUAUGGAGCGGAGGAUCCUUCAAUUGCAGGGAUGGUUUUAGACAGUCCCUUCUCUGAUUUGGUUGAUUUGAUGAUGGAACUCGUAGAUACGUAUAAAGUUCGUCUGCCAAAGUUCACUGUGAAGUAUGCAAUCCAGUACAUGAAAAGAAUAAUCCAAAAGAAGGCAAAAUUUGACAUAACGGACCUCAAUACUAUUAAGGUAGCAAAAUCGUGUUUUGUUCCAGCUCUAUUAGGGCAUGCCAUUGAUGAUGAUUUUAUACAACCCCAUCACUCUGAUCGUAUAUUUGAGGCUUACAUGGGAGACAAAAACAUAAUUAAAUUUGAGGGAGAUCACAAUUCUCCACGUCCUCAGUUUUACUUUGAUUCCAUAAACAUUUUUUUCCACAAUGUUCUGCAACCUCCCGAGGGUGAGGUUGGUGAAUCAUUUUAUGACCCUGUAAAUGAUGUCUUCGGUAAGGAUGCAUGGAGAUCUGUGCAUGAAUUAGGCUACAUCAAUGAAUCAUCUUCUAAAAACAAAGAUGCAGAACCAUCAACUAGCAGUACUGUGGAUGCUAUUAAGGAAGUCCGUUCAAGACGGCCAAUGAGCAGGAUGGAGGUUCCAUCUGAUAUUUCUUCAAAAGAUGAACAGAGCGUAAAUGAGGAAGAGAAGUGCGGUGAUACAUCCCCACCCUCUUCAUCCAUGAUAAGCUUUGAAUUGUCAGAUGGUCACCCUUAUGGUCCCCAUGUACCCACCGUGUUGGAUGACAAUCAGUAUGUGGAAUAUCAACUUGAAGACCUUGCAGGUUUUCCAUCUAGUGCAGAGGAGGAAGAAAGAAUGUUAAUGGAAGCAGUAAUGGAGUCACUGAAGGACCUGGAAGUACAAAAUCCGAAGGCAGAACAACCACCAGCCAGUAGUAUUGCUAAUGUAUCUGCAGAGCCAUCAGAUAAAGAUGACUCACAUUCGUCUUCACGGGAGAUUUCUAAACCCAUGCAAAAAGAAUCUUCUCUAGUCAAAUACAGUACAGAUGCAAAAUCUAUAACCAUUUCCAUUGCAUCAGAAGAAUCUGUACAGUUGAAAGCUGAGUCAAAUACCAUUUCAGCGGUUUCCGAGUCAAGCCCAAUUGGGGGAACCCAGCCACCCCUGCCACAGGACAACACAUUAUCCGUAACCGAGUCUAGCAAUACAAGCGGAUCUGCUCGCAGUGAUAGUUCUGCUAGUUUACAAAGUUCAUCAGAUACUGACAUAUCACAUAAUACGACCGCCACAGUAACUGUUGUUAGGAAUCCUGCUGGCCAUAUCAUGGAUGGUUUAAUGCGUCGUUGGGAUUUCAAUUUUUUCAAAAAUAGCAACUCACGGUGAUGGAGACGUUCUCUUCUAUUCGUGGUUGAUUAUACUUGUUUUUGUAACUAAGAAAGAAAUCAUAGUUUGUAUCAAAGAAAUAGGUUGCUCGUGUGUAAAUUUUAGUAAAUGUUCAGAUUCUCAUCUAACAAAUUCCAAAUAUUCUUUGGCUGUAAGUGAGCAUUAUCAUAUUUUGUUUUGAUUUUGUGAAUUUAAAUGGGAAACAAACUUUUUCCAAGUACCGUAGUAUAUUAUGUUAACAAAGUUAAUGGGGCAGCUGGGUCUCUUCAAUUGUU